AUGGAUAUGUUUAAGCUAUGGUACUCGGGGAGUGAUAAGCAUUGGAAUAUUGUGGGGAUCUUACUGGAUGAUAAGCUUAGAGAGAAGGUGGUGGAGGUUAAGAGGGUAGGCUUGGGAGAGGAGGUGAAAGCAAAGUUUUGGGAGGCUUUGGACGAGGUGAUGAGAAGCGUGCCUAGUUCAGAGAAGAUUGUCAUAGCGUGGGACUUUAAUGGACAUAUUGGGGUUCUGCCGGGAGGCUACGAUGAGGUGCAUGGGGGAUUUGGUUUUGGUGAUAGAAACAAUGAGGGAGAAUCUCUGUUGGAUUUUGUGAGGACCUUUGGGCUAAUGGUGCUAAACUCGAGCUUUCAGAAGAAGGAGGAUCACCUAAUUACCUUUCGUAGUGCGGUAGCCAAGUCCCAGAUUGACUUUUUUCUGCUAAGGAAAGUGGAUAGGGUUUUAUGUAAGGACUCCAAAGUCAUUUCAAGCGAUCAUCUUUUGACUCAGCACAGGCUUCUAGUGAUGGACUUAUUUUUGAAGAAAAGCAAGAAAAGAAGGGCUGGGAAGGGUCGGCCUAGAAUUAGGUGGGGUGGCUUGAUUCUUGAAAGUGCACAGGUGAUAGAGGAGAAAGUUGCGGGAUUGGGGGUGUGGGACUGUAGGGGGAAGUGGAUGCUAUAUGGGAUAAGGCUUCCAGCUGGAUAA